AUGGAGGUAAACACUAGAGAAGAGUAUCCAUACCAAGAUUCAUCUGCAUGGCUUGUACAGUACCUUGACCACCAAGGCGACUGGCUUGAAAAAACAAGAGGAAACCUUGUGGUUGCAGCAACUGUCAUAGCUGCAAUGAGCUUUGGGGUAAUGGUUAACCCUCCUGGUGGCGUUUGGCAGAGUGAUGAGGAUUGUUCCCUCCAGCCGUUAAAAACAAAAACUUGUAAUGGAAUGGCCGUAACUUCGAUACUAGAGCACAAUCCUUCAAAACGUUUCUUUUAUCUUGGGAUGGUUAUCAGCAAUUUGGUCUCGUUUUCUGCCUCAAUGGGUAUCAUUCUCCUUGUCGUCAUCGGCUUCCGAUUUAGGAACCGGUUGAUAAUGGCGACCAUGGUCUUCUUUAUGGUGGUGGCGGUUCUUUGUACAUCGGCGGCCUUCUUCUUUGCUGCGGCGUUGGUUCAACACCAAGAUGAAUUCAUUAAGAAGAUACUCAUAUUUUAUCUGGGAUUUUGGGUCGUGCUUCCUGUUCUAAUACUCCUGAUCCAGCUAGUGCGAUUUUUGUGGUGGCUUAUUAGGUUCAUAUGUUGUGGUUUUCGCCGACUACGGUCUACUCGACAAUUACUGCCAUUAGCUCUGACUCAUGUUCCUUGA